GUUGUGGGCACGAGGCCAUCUCUGUGAGCUCAGUCCCUUAGUCUGUAAUUGGAACAGAGUGAUGUCCGAACUGUUCGAGGACCACUGACCUCUUUGAGAAUGUAUGAAAGUGAGGGGCUCCUUUUCUAGAAGAAAGCUGGGUGGAUGGAGCCAGAUGGGUGCUCGUUUCCGGGGUGGAAACAUAUGGUGUCUGCAGCUCCAAGAAGCCGCUCUUCUUCUGUGGACACGGCCUCAGGCCUGGCCACAGUUCGGGAAUCUGCCACCCCCCGCCCCAAAGGUGCCCUGAGGUUGCCAUGAGCAUGGCAGAAGCUGCUGUUGAUCCGAGCACAGGAGACAAUCUGGAGCAAACGAUCCUACAGAUACUGAGUGGAGCCGGCGGCUCUGUGAAGCUCCCCAAGCUGGUAAAGGAGUGCCAAGUGCCCAAGAAAACACUCAACCAAGUCCUUUACCGCCUAAAGAAGGAGGGAAAAGUUCACUCACCAGCCCCUGCCACAUGGUGUUUAGGCAGGGAUGCUCCUGGAGAUGAGGCUCCUGCAAUCCCUGAGGACCCCACUGCCCAGCCCACCCUCGAUGAAAGAAUCAUCAGAUUCCUGGAGACCAGCGGGCCUCACAGGGCCCUGCACAUCGCCAAGGCUCUGGGGAUGAAGACAGCCAAAGAGGUGAACCCACACCUGUACGCCAUGAGGAACAGGCACCUCCUGAGCUAUGAUGGGAACACAUGGAUGAUCUACGACUCAAGUCGGAGAGGUCAAGAGCUAGCUCAUCCUGGAGUGAAACAAGAGUCCACUGUGAAUAUUUACCAGCAGAAUCCGAUCAAUGUGAUCUGCCAACAAGGAGCCAACAAUCACAUCUCCAUCUCUGAGUCAGAAGCCAUCCAGAUCGGCCAUGGGAAUACCAUGCAAAGGCAGAUAGCCUGUGGUCAAAGCGGUCCCAGGCCCUACCAUCCUCUCUCGCUACCUGUGCCAGAGGGCCCCUCUUCUCAGGACACCCCAGCUGGCGCCUGGGGAGCUCAGCACAUCCAUGUGGAGAAAUCCUUGCUUAGACGUGUGCAGCUGGGCCACGGCAAUGAGAUGAGCCUCCCGAAGGAUGCGGUGGAACACAGUGCUUAUAGCUUUAGUGGCAGGCCUCCUGCAGUCUCAGCCACCUCUUUUGACCCGGGAACUUCAUUCAACAUGCAAUCACCUGAGCCAGGCGCUCACCCUGAUGCAAACACAGCCCAGAAAGUCCACAUCAAAUCCUGCUUGCUGGUGGAUGCCACCAUCGGCAACAGCAACAAGAUGACCAUCCACGAUGCUUCAGAGGGUGGAGGAGUGGAGUCUGAAGGCAGCAAAGAGCCGAAAGAAGACACAGACACAAGUUCUAAAGCCACACCAUGCAGAAGCUGCUCCAACACCCCCAGCAACUCCAUACUGCUCACUUCUGAGCUGGGAACUAUGACUCUGGGAGAUAGCGGCCCCCAGACCACAGAACCUGUGCUGAGGGAGGAUGGCGUCUGCGGUACAGGGAGCCGUCGGAUGCAGAAAUGAGGCAAGAGGGGAGAGAGGGC